AUGUCGGAGCGCAAGCCCCAAAGCCCCGAUGACCCUCACCAGGGCGAUUUCGAUCGGCCUCUGGUUUCACGCUCGAAUAGAGACCGCCAUAGAGAUGGAGAUCAUCGCCGAUCGUCUUCCACCCGCAGUGUCAGUAUCAGCGUGAGUUCGACCGCCAGCAACAGCACGGCUUCAAGUAGGACCCCCGCCGUGUCGCAAAAGCAGCCCAACAAGAAAAAACAACCGGGUGUCGUUGUCACCAUGUCGUCUUCGCCCGCCAUGCCGGACUUGUCUAGCGCAUCGCCGUCGCCGUCAAUAUCAUCAGUUGAUACCAGGCCCGGGACCGGCGUGGAAUCCGCACAUGGAGAUAGCAGCACAGAUGGAAUCUACGUUCUCAGUGACAUGAUACCGUUAAUCACAACCGACAGCGCCCCAGAGCCCCAUUUAUCGCGCGCCUCGCUCUCCUCCUGGGACACCACCGCAGAAGCCUCUAUAUCAUCUGCGACACCAUCAAUACCCGUAUCCCUAACAGCCAGCAUAGAGCAGCGCACAUACGCAUGCCUCUUCCACAUGCUGGACUGCUACGAGUCCUUCGACGACGGCGCAGAGUGGCGCACUCACGUCUUCAGCCACUUUCGCUCGCACCCGACGCCGCCCUCAGCGCGGUGUCCGCUGUGUCCGAAUACAAAGUUUGUCGAUGGUAUCUCGGACCCUGUGUCGUCGCCUGUUUUCGAGGAUGGCGAGUCGAUCCGCUCUAUCGACGACGCUGUCCGAGCCCCGCUGAGAGACGUCCCCUCUGCAUGGGAUCGUAUGCUGGACCAUGUCGCUGCGGACCACUACUGUCUUGGCCAGACGCUUGCUGGGAGUCGGCCGGAUUUUGAGCUUAUGCGGUAUCUUUAUGGGAUGCGGAUUAUCACGGAUGCGCAGUUUAAGGCUAUGCAGUUGCCGCCCGCACCGUCGAGUCCGGCUUAUCAUCGCUCACAGGAUGGUGUUAGGGCUAGUAUCGGUUCUGCUGAUGAGCCAUACUGUGCACCGUAUAGUAAAAGGCGGGAAGAGAGGAUGAGGGGGCAGCAGAGGGGUGUCGGGGUUUUGUAG